AAGAAAGGUGAUUAGUGAAAUUUUGCAAUUUAAUAAGCUAUACGUCUGUUUUUAUAAAUUAAAGUAUACAAAUUUUGAAACAAAAUUACAAAAUUAAUUUAGUUUACUUUGUGUUUUAAAAUCAUUUGCAUAUCUGAAUAGCUAAUUUUGAGGUUAAUAUUGGAUGUACUUUCUCUAUAAGAAUCCUUGUUUUUUGUUUGUUGAAUUUUAAGAAAAAUAAGUUUCUAUUUCAGAAAUGGACACUCCAUCGGUAGAAGAAGUAUAUCCGUAUCAUAUUGUUGAGUUUAUAACAGCUGGAAAGAAACCAAAAGAAAACAGAUGUCGCUACAAAGUGGCUAAUCAACAAAAAAAGAAACUGUCUACAAGGUAUCCGUCUCCUCUUUACAAUGAAAACACAUGCACUCAACUGAAGCUGGCUCUUAAAAAUCUCUUUGACGCUCCAAGUACAAUGUACACUGACAAGCCAAGAGGAAAAGCAGCGACUCUUGAAGAAGAUUUUAUGAAGAAUGACCUUGUAACACACCAGAAAACCGCUUUGACUGCAGCUUCAGAUGCGAGCGAAACUACUUCAAGCUGCAGCUGCAUCUUACCAUCAUUAUCAAAACUGAGAAAAGUUGGAGCAGCAUCGCAUAAAGUAAAAUAUAAGACACCUGAGAUAGCCAGUUCAUCAACAAGCACGUCUACAAAAAAAUUAUUAACCGGUCCCUCCCAGGAGAAUGAACCACUGAAAAAUGUAACGUGAAUAAAAUCAGAACAAUGUUUUAAACCAUGAUGGGGCCUCUACAAACUACCAAUGAGCGCAUUCAUCAUCUGGAUGAGAAAAUGACAACAAUGAAGAAUGAUAUUAGAGCAACACUAGAUAUCAAAAAAAAGAAAC